AAAACGUUUUUAUAAAAGAAUCCUUGAAAUCGAAUUACCAUGCAAUUGCCUAAACAGAUCCGAUUAAAAAUUCAAUCAACGUACUAUAAUUACAUAAGAAAUUUAGUGAAACCAGAGAGGAAAUUUCCUCUCUGGUGAAACAUGCUCAGAUGAAAUUGUAAAAUCUCCUUUAAUGUUUACAUUUUCUCGUGAAGUAUGCACGUGCUUUAAUAAAUUAAGUAAAGAAAUAGUUUAAAUAAAGUUAACAGUUGUUCUGUAUUAAAUAUUUUUCAUAAACUGUUGGGUCCUUGUUAUAUUCACGAAAAUGCGGCUCCCGAAACCUUUUUAUUGGUAUUCAGCUGGUAUAACCAUCAUUGGUGGAGGAUACUUAUUGAGAGAUUACAUAGGUGGAAAUAUGUAUGAAAAUAAAGAGAAAUUGACUGACAAGAUAGUUAUUGUAACUGGAGCAAAUUGCGGAAUUGGCAGAGAAGUAGCUCGUGACUUAGCCAUGCGAAAGGCCAGAGUUACAAUGGCUUGCAGAGAUAUGGACAAAUGUGAAAAUGCACGCACUGAAAUCGUCAAACAGAGUCAGAAUAAAUAUGUCUAUUGUAGGAAAUGUGAUUUGGCAUCUCAAGAAAGUGUCAGAGAAUUUGUAAAACAAUUCAAGGAAGAAAACAACAAGCUUCACAUUCUUGUAAAUAAUGCCGGAGUAAUGAGAUGUCCAAAGAGUUACACCAAAGAAGGAAUUGAAUUGCAACUUGGAGUAAAUCAUAUGGGACAUUUUCUACUAACAAAUUUAUUAUUAGAUGUUUUAAAAGGCAGUGCACCAUCAAGGAUUGUAAAUGUGUCGAGUACAGCUCACAAGGGUGGUAAAAUUCAGUUAGAAGAUUUGAACAGUGACAAAAAUUACGAGCCUGGUGCAGCAUAUGCCCAAAGUAAACUGGCUAACAUUUUAUUCACAAGGGAACUAGCAGAUAGAUUAAAAGGAACUGGUGUCACAGUGAAUGCUGUGCAUCCAGGCAUAGUACGAACAGAAAUUGUGCGACACUUGGGAAUUUAUAAAAACACUAUUGGGAGAUGGUUCGUGAACGCAGCGACUUGGCUAUUUAUUAAAACUCCGAGAAAAGGAGCACAGCCUGUUAUAUUCGCUGCUGUAGACACAUCUUUAAACGAUGUGUCUGGUGUCUAUCUCGACAAGACUGAAGUGUCAGAUGUUUCUGAAGAAGCAAAAAAUGAUCAAGUUGCAAAAUGGCUCUGGGCAGUUAGUGAAAAAUGGACUAAAUUGCAUAAUGUGUAAAUUAAUAGACCAAUGUAAAUACACGUAAAUGUGUAAAACCUUUAA